CAUCAUCAUCAUCAUCAACACGGAAGCAGCGGAGACCCGGGGGGGCAGGAGAGGUGCAGGGAGACGGAGAGGACAGAAACAUCCAGCUAAAGAGCCAGCAGAGACAGACAGGAGGACAGACAGACGGGCCGGUGUCUGGGGGAACAGCGGGACACUGAGACGCAUCGACGGGAACAUCAUGGCGCUGAUCCCCUCUCAGGUCCUGCGGGUCGCCAUCCUGCUGUCCUACUUCUCCAUCCUCUGCCACUACAAAGCGCUGGACAUGCCGGCGCACCAGACCUACGGAGGCAGCUGGAAGUUCCUCACCUUCAUCGACCUGGUGAUCCAGGCCGUGUUCUUCGGGCUGUGCGUCCUGAUCGACGUGUCCAGUCUGCUGACCAAAGGAGCCGACAGCAGGGAGCAGGAGCGCCAGCUGAAGAAGCUGAUCGGCCUGAGGGACUGGAUGAUGGCGGUGCUGGCGUUCCCCGUUGGAGCGUUUGUCGUGUUCACAUUCUGGACUCUCUACCUCUACGACAGAGAGCUGGUCUACCCAAAGCUGCUGGAUAACUUCAUUCCUCAGUGGCUCAACCACGGCAUGCACACCACCGUUCUUCCCUUCAUCAUCAUCGAGAUGCGGACCACCCACCACAAUUACCCCCGUCGGUCCUGGGGGCUGGCUGCCGUCUGCCUGUUCGGCGUCGGAUACAUUCUCUGGACAUGUUGGGUCCACCAGGUGACCGGUGUCUGGGUUUACCCGGUCCUUGAACGCAUCACGCCGCUGGCUCGGGUCGCUUUCUUCAGCGCCAUGACGGCCGUGAUCUGCAUCAUGUACGUCCUGGGAGAGAUCCUCAAUGGAUACAUCUGGGACCACACACACACAGAAAAGGUCAAAGGUGAGUGACCUCCUCUGCCUCCAUAGCCGCUUUGCGGACCGAGCCGAAGCCAGAACCACCGGACCUCGCUGGACCGGCAGCAGACCAGCUGAGGAGCAGAACCUGUAAUCAUCAGUGACCCUUUGAGUCGGACGACGAUGAAUCCUCUGUUGUUUUUGUUUGUGUCUUCGUGUCGUUUUGCUCUGAAUGUUCGGCUGCAGAAAGCCGAGCUGCAUGAGUUCUGGGAGGAAACCCAAACAGCUUCUCACCAGCCGGAACCGACGGUUCCAGCAGAACAAAUCAUCCUCCAUCUCAUCGUCACACUACAUUUCUGGAGGAAACUUGUGGUUGUUUUAAGGUGCAAAUAAAGCUUGAACAAAUCUGCA